AUGUCGACGCUUAAUGAAAAAUCAAACAUACAGAACUCCGACUCGCAGAACUCGGAAUCCCAGGAUUCGCAGAAGUCGGAAGCACAAAAAGUACAAGUUGAGUAUUCAGUGAAAGAUGCAGAACUUUUGGAGGAUGGAAAGGGUGUGAUGAUCAAGGCAGCGCAGAAGGAUAUGACCGAGGUGGAGAACGAUGAUCCAGCACUCUCAGCAAAGAUCCAUUUGGUCAAUGAUGCGUUGGAUGAGAUCGGAUUCACUUGGACACACGCAGCAUUAUUCUGCAUUGCUGGAUUUGGAUACUCUGCAGACUCCCAGAUGGAGAUGAUCCAGUCCUCCGUCUACACAUACGUUAACAUGCAGUUUUUGGGAGACAACUCGUAUCCAAUCGCAACGCAGUGCUCGUAUGCCGCACUUAUCAUGGGAUCUUUCAUCUUUGGUUUUGGUGCCGAUUUGAUCGGCAGAAAACUCUGCUUCAACUCUUCCUUGCUUCUUGCAGCCGUGUUUGGUAUGUUCACAGGUGGUGCAGGCAGCUAUCCAAUGUACGUGAUCUUCUUCUUCUUGUCGGAAGUGGCAGCAGGAGGAAACUUGGGUACGGAUGUUGCUGUCUUUAUGGAAUACUUGCCAAGCAAGUAUCAAUACUUGAACACCACUAUGGCAGCCUGGUGGGGUGUUGGACAGACUAUUGCUGCUGUUUUGGCCUGGGCCUUUAUGCCCAAUAACUCCUGCUCUGAUGCCGCUACCUGCACUUCUUCCAAUAACCGCGGCUGGAGAUAUAACUGGUACGUCAACUCGGGAAUCAUCUUGGUUGUCGGUUUGAUCAGACUUUUCGUUUUGAAGUUGAAGGAGACGCCCAAGUUUUUGGUGUCAAACGGCAGAGAUGAAGAGGCCUACGAAACAAUUAUGGCCUUGGCAAAGAAGCACAAUCGCCACUGCUCUUUGACACUUGAAGACCUUAAAUCGUGCGGUGAGAUUAAGGAAGACUACUACAACGCCAAAAAGCACGGCCACUCGUUCAAGAAGCUCUGCACCACAACCUGGGACAACAUCAAGAUCCUUUUCCAGUCCAGAAAGGUCACCUACUCCACUUCGCUCAUCAUUCUCUCCUGGAUGAUUAUCGGUCUCGCCUACUCGACUUUCUACAACUUCCUCUACACUUACAUUGCUGAACACGGUGCAACCGGGCUUGAUUCUACCUACAUCACCUACAGAAACGGUACAAUCGACAAUGUUGUCGGAAUUUUUGGACCUAUAGCUGCUGGCUGGCUUAUCAAGGUUCCAUAUUUGGGAAGAAGAGGAACAAUGAUCAUUGGUGCAAUUGCGGGCAUGGCCAUUUUAUUUGGUUACACCACCUGCCGUACUGCUGCAGCAGAUGCCGGAUUUGGUUCUGCCACAUACUUCCUCAUCAAUGUUUAUUACGCAUGUCUUUAUGCUUACACUCCAGAGGUGUUCCCAACAAGGGCCCGUACUACAGGUGUUGCAUUAUGUAUGGCAUUGGGUAGAGUUGCUGGUGCAUUUUCGCCAGUUAUCUACUGGUUUGCCUCUUCCAGCUCUUCCGCUGCUCCAAUCUGGGCAUGCGGUGCUCUCAUUGGCUCAUUAUCGAUCUUGGCAUUCCUCAUGCCUUUCGAGCCUUCCAAACAGAGAACUGUGUGA